CAACCGUCCCCCAAAGACACACAAGCUGACAAGUAGGAAGCAGGGAGAAGAACCCGGGGCGCGGUCAUGGACGAGGUCGCCCUAAUGGUCCCGAUGCGGGCUAAAAAUACACACCGCCAUGCGCACGCCACUGGAGAUCAAACAUUGUUGAGCAACCCGUGCUGUCCAGACGUGUCCCGUUUGUUUGUGGGGCUGUGUACCACGGGUCAGGGUGAUAACGAGGGACGAGAAGCCUCCCGAUUGGCUGGCUGCUUGGCAAGCUAGCGGACGGGUGUAAACACACAAUAUAAGAGUCGUGGAUGCAUUCGCUCCCACAAGGAGACGGUCCAGGAUAUAGAAGUAGGAGUUCCCAAUUCAAGAAAAGACUGGGACGAAAUAAAAUUAAGUCAAGAGAAAAGCAGUUUCUCUACUUUGAACUGAGACGAGGAGAAAUCCUUGUGACCGUUCAUCCCAGGCAUGAAGGGAUUGCUGCUUUUAGUGUCCGUGGCCUUAUGGGUAAACGGGCCCUGGGCGACGCCCACCAAUGAGACGGAGGAGAAGGUGGAGAUGGCCUCCACGGACGACGUCAACGUGCUGAUGUACGGGGUGCUGCAGUUCAGCGAAGUCCUCCACAGCACCUACUACAACACCGAUAGCAAGCUCACCCGCAUCGCCGACACCCUACAGCGGCAACAGGGGGCGCUGGAGCAACUGAAGGAGGUGGCGGAGGGAGCCGCACAUACAGAAGAGCAGCUCAAACAUGCCCUCGCCAUGCUGCAGACGCAGACGGCUGGACUGCAGCUACGGGCGACAGAGCUGGGGGGGACGGUUAGCAAGGUGGAGCAGGAGGAGGUGGAACUCAGGAACCAGGUGACCACCCUGGAGUCGGCCCUGAAGAACUCGGCCCCCGGCAAAAUCAGCACGCUGAAGGAGCUAACGGUUCAGAACGCCGGUGUUCUGAAGGCCUUGGUGAAAUGGAUCCAGGACCACAGGAAAAGUCUGGAGGACCAGAACCAGCAGCUGACCAGCCUGCAGAGGAUGAUGCAUGAGCCGGGUACCCCCCCACUCACCCUCAUCAGUUGAAGUUGAAAGCUCCACCCUACACUGUUAGUCACUGUGGCCAGACACGCAGACAGACACGCACACAGACAGACACGCACACAGACAGACACGCACACAGACAGACAGACAGAGACACACACACACACGCAGACAGACACACUGUAACACUUUCCCAAGCCUCUUGAUGAGAAACAGCAGGCGUUCCGUUCUGGAAUCUUCAAACUUGAACUCUAUUUGGGCUCAGUUUUAGAAUAAAUACGGAGCAAAAAUGCAUUUUUCAUGUGUCUAAAUAUUUUGAAACAACAGUUAAGUACAUUUUUUAAAUUAUGUAUUUCAAUACUAGACACUAUCUCAAGUGUGAUUUAUGUUAGGCCUGUGUAAUACCCAGACUAACCACCAGGUGGAAUAUAUUAUAUGUAUGCUGCAGUGGUUGGUGGGUGGCCCUGGGAAAAUGAACGGAAAUGGAAUGUAUACGUUUUAUUUGUGAUUUAUGUGCAUGUAAUGCCAAAUAUCAUUAGCCACACGUCAUAUUUUCUUGUUUAUAUAAUACUUAAGAUGACCUGUAGGUGGCUGUAAGGGUGGCAUAAACAUCACAUGUACUGAGUGCAAUA